GCGAGGAAGGAGGAAGGGUAUCCGGCGGACACAGAGAGAGAGAGAGAGAGAGAGAGGGAGAGAGGUUCUGCCGGAGCAACGGCAGCGGCAUCAGGAGCAAUCAUGGCGACGGCGAGGACGGUGAAGGAUGUCUCCCCUCAUGACUUCGUUACGGCGUACGCCUCCCACCUGAAGCGCUCUGGCAAGGUCGAGUUGCCGCACUGGACAGAUAUUGUAAAGACUGCAACUUUUAAGGAGCUUGCACCCUACGAUCCUGAUUGGUAUUAUAUUAGAGCUGCAUCCAUGGCAAGGAAAAUAUACCUCAGGCAAGGAAUUGGUGUUGGCGGCUUCCAAAAGAUCUAUGGAGGACGGAAGAGGAAUGGAUCUCGACCACCUCACUUUUGCAAGAGCAGUGGAUCUAUUGCUCGGCACAUUCUUCAGCAGUUGGAGAAGAUGAAUAUCAUUGAGCUUGAUCCAAAAGGGGGGAGGAGAAUCACAUCCAGCGGACAGCGGGACCUUGAUCAAGUGGCUGGCCGAAUUGCAGUCACAGUGUAAUGUCCAUAUUUGUGGACGUGCAUUUUGAAUGUUCUAUUUUGUAGGUAGGCUUCAUUUUAGUAUUACUAGCAAAGCCGUUCCUAAUCUAGGGACGAUGACUGUGAGGGCCGUUUUGCUCGUGGAUGUUUUUUGCUUUGUUUCAAAUCCGAUUUAAUUGUUAUUGCAAUGUUUUUUGUC